AUGAGUCGCACGGAGCAAACUUUCGACGACCUAAAGUCUUACUUCCGGGGCCACAGCAAAAUCCGUGAGCAGCGGGCGCACAUGUCCAAGGUGCACUCGGUUUGCUGGAACGCAGAUGGUCGUCACCUGGCGUCCGGAUCCUUCGACAAGACGGUGGCGGUCUACUCCUUGGAGCGGGAUCGUUUCGUCAAGGGCAGCAUUUACCGGGGACACACUGCAUCCGUGGACCAGCUGUGUUGGCAUCGCACCAAUCCCGACCAGUUUGCCACCGCCAGCGGGGACAAAACCGUGAGGAUUUGGGACAUACGCGCCGGAAAGUGUGUUUCGGUGACCAACACCAAGGGAGAGAAUAUCAACAUAGCCUGGUCGCCGGAUGGCAAGACAAUCGCCGUGGGCAACAAGGAAGAUUUGAUCACCUUUAUAGACACGCGCACAAAUAAGAUCAGGGUGGAGGAGCCCUUCAGCUUUGAGGUCAACGAAAUAUCGUGGAACAACACCAAUGAUCUGUUCUUCCUAACCAACGGACUUGGAUGCAUGCAUGUUCUAAAUUACCCCAGCCUGGAGCACCAGAUGACUCUAAAGGCGCAUCCCGCCAACUGCAUUUGCAUAGAGUUCGGACCAACGGGUAAAUACUUUGCCACUGGCUCGGCAGACGCCCAAGUCUCUCUGUGGGAUGCCAACGAACUGGCCUGCCUGCGCAUGAUCAGCCGCCUGGAGUGGCCCGUUCGCACCAUAUCCUUCAGCCACGACGAGCGGCUGAUAGCCUCCGCCAGCGAGGAUCUGAUCAUAGACAUUGCCUUCACCGAGACGGGAGAACGUGUGACCGACAUCCAUGUGGAUGCCUCCACUUUCACGGUGGCCUGGCAUCCCAAGCAAUACCUCUUGGCCUACGCCUGCGAUGAGAAGGACAGCGACAGGCGACGGGACGCUGGCAAUGUUAAGAUAUACGGCUUUCCGGAAUAAACCUUAGCUUAAGGCAUACUUUUGCUAGUAAAAAACACACGAUUGCUUUCCAA